AUGGCAAUUCAGCAAAGUCCUGAUAGCAAAGUCACCCUGUCUGGGAUUUAUGAUUUUAUAAUGAAGAAGUUUCCAUAUUAUCGCUCAAAUCAGAGGGCAUGGCAGAACUCCAUAAGACAUAACCUGUCCCUGAACAGCUGUUUUGUAAAGGUUCCAAGAACAGAAGGAAAUGAAAAGGGGAAGGGAAACUACUGGUCUUUUGCCUCUGGAUGUGAGUCAAUGCUUGACCUCUUUGAAAAUGGUAAUUAUAAAAGAAGACGAAGAAGGAGGAAUAUGAAAAAAUGCCAGAAGGACCGAAAGCAAACCCUGGCUAAAACUCUUCAUUCUGGAGAAUAUACCAUUAUUGGAUCUUCAGAACAUCUAGCACCUCGUCAUGAACAUAGACCAGAACCAAGGACACAAGGAGAUUCAGAUGGUCUAUUUUCAACAGGCAUCUCUGGCAGACAGAGUCAAACCCGUUCUGGCCUUGGAAAGACAGAUGAGAUCAAAUUUAGCAUUGAUUAUAUAUUGUCUGCUCCGGACCCUUUACCCAUUCUAAGACCUCAACAUACCAUUUUUGAAAACAAAUUUCAUAUCCUGGACACUCACCAACGAAAUCUUCACCUAUGGAGUCUAUAG